AUGUAUCACCUAUAGUUUAUUCAAGUGUCCAUAGACUGCUCAGCAUGAUAGUGUGAAGUGUGGGCAUUCAUGGUCUCUCCAAGCAAUAGAAUACAUAAAGUAGGGGAAAAUUGUGGGGAGGGCCAAUGGGCCAACCAACCAACCAAAAGCCUAACAAGCUGUCACCCCAACACCCCAUUGGCCAAGCUUGUUCCAGGCCUAUCCCUUCCAUUCUGCCACGUGUGCAAAGUGCAGCCUAUUCGAUGGACAGCCAGAACUCAUAUACCUCCUAGUAGUCUGUUGCAAGGAAGCCCUUAUUCCACAUUCUUCUGCUGUCUAUCUCCAUCCAUCUAAGUUGUUCUCCUAUCUUUCUCGCUCCUAUCUUCUACAACAGACAAAAGAGGGUGGCAUCAUUCUCUCUCUCUUUCUGUGUGGGUGUGUGGUUACAAUGGGACGAGGAAAGGAGAGUUCGCCUUCUUCAUCCAUUGACAGCAGCAGCCACCCUGCUCUCUCCACUGCAUCUUCUCUCUCUCAGCCAAGGAGAGACUUGAGCACAGAUCUAAGGCUGGGACUUAGCCUGUCAACCUCCUCUCCGCAGGAUAGUUCAUCCAGUGCAAGGGGCCAACUAUCUGAUUGGCCACCGAUCAAACCGCUUCUUAGGAGCACACUGACAGAAAAAGGACGUCAGAUUCAGAGGCAAUCAGCGACAUUCUUCGUCAAGGUUUACAUGGAGGGGAUUCCAAUUGGCAGGAAAUUGGAUCUAUUAGCACUUGAUGGCUAUGAUGGCCUAAUAACGACACUUCGUCGCAUGUUUAGGACCUCCAUUAUGUGCCCUGAUAUUGCCCGAGUGCCUACCAAUAACAAGGAUCAUGUGCUGACCUAUGAAGACAAGGAAGGAGACUGGAUGAUGGUGGGGGAUGUCCCAUGGGAGUAUGAUUCCUGCCAACUUUAUUCUUCCCUCCAUCCUUCUAUUUGCCAUUGCUUGCUUUUCUUCCUCCUCUCUCCUAAGUCCCUUACAUUUGGUUUGAGCAGGAUGUUCUUGACCACUGUCAAGAGAAUGAAAAUCGCCAGAGCUGAUAAAUGCUAGCGUCGCGCCCACCGACUCCAUUUUUGUCUUGGAGGAACACAGGAGGGAAUAGUAGGUUGGUUUAAGAUGAUGUACAGCCAUAUAGAAAUGAGAUAUCUUUCUUGAGCUUUUCUUUUCUGGUUGUUUCGUUUGCCAUAAUACGUGUGAGCCAUGGUCGAAAACUUCGUCGCAGAGAGACCCAUCAAACUCGAUGGGGGCUACAGAGACGUGUAAAGCUACAAAAUGUUUUUAAGGUGGAAGCCUGCUUAAUUUCUUCCUU